UGUGCUGCGCUUCCACGCACAAAAAAAAAAUAAAAACCGAAAAAGAUUUCACUUUGCUUCAAAUAGAAAACUUAAAUCGAGUGAGACAGUUAAAGCGAACGAAAUUGUUGCUGGAUUGUACGCGACAGGAAAAGAGGCGUGGGGUGUAGUCGUUGUCAUCAUGCGGCUGCCGCAGUUGCUGCUACGGGAAACAUAAAAGAAAUUUGACUGCUGGUUGCCGCUGCUGCGCCGACGACGUCAUCACUCACAAAUACAGACGCACAAACACACAAUCACACAGACACUCAUUGAGAUUGUUGUUGCUGGAUUUGUAAAUUAUGAAAGCAAUUUAUCAACUGGAAAUCAAACAGGAACGGCAAACCACAAAGUUCCAGCCAGAACAAAUUAAAUGCUCAUUGAUCGUGUCUGUAUCGCCAACAACAAGUAACGUUACAGCAGCGGUUUGUGUGGAGGAAGAGGAAAAACGCACAGCUGAAAAAAGAAAAAUACAAAGAGAAGGCAAAUUGAAGAGUUCGCAGCACUGGAGUGUUGGACAGAGAUAGUAAUAACAACGACUUGUUGCUUACACACACACACACACGCAUUAUAGACACUGUGUUAUACGUUUGUUUGUGUGCGUGUGACCUUUGUCGGCUUCGUUUCUCCCCUCGAGCAUUUUGUUGUGUCCAAAACAACUGCAGCAACAGCGACAAGAUGGAGACACACGUUGAGCUGCAGAUGCUGCCCGUGGGCAGCAGUCGAUUGAGCAGCAUCAGCAGCGUCAGCAGCAAGGAACUGGAAUUGGACCAAAACCAACACCAGCAACGACUACUACAGCAACAAUCGCCCAGCAACAGCAGCAGCAGCAACAACAAUAAUAAUAACAAUAACAAUAAUUGCAUAACCCCAUCACGUUUGCCCCCAUCCAGUUCGGGGAAUUCAAUUCAUGAGGUUGUAGCAACGACGACGGCUGGAACGUCAAAGCAGCUCUUUCAAUCAGCCGCUGCAGCACAUGGUGGCGUCGACUCGUGGGCAUUUGUGGAGCAUGAGCAGAAUUAUAUAGCCAUGUCACAGUUGCCCCCGCCACAUCCAACUGUGGAUGCAACCGUGUCGAGGAAUCCCUCAACGGCUGGCGGUCGGCACGAGAAGAAGAUCGGUCAUCGUCGGGUCGCCGAAGGUGGCGAAGUCACGUACAAGAAGAUCAAAUCCAAACAGAUUAUGGGCUCCAUACAGUUGGGCAUCCAACAUACCGUUGGCGGUCUGGCCAAUAAGCCCAAACGGGAUCUGCUGAUGAAUGAUUUCUGGGAGAUGGAAACGAUUGCCUUUCCGCCCGAAGGUUCCUCGCUGACGCCAGCGCAUCAUUAUAGUGAAUUUCGAUUCAAGGCGUAUGCCCCGAUUGCGUUUCGAUACUUUCGCGAUCUAUUCGAUAUCGAACCGGAUGACUUUCUAAUGUCGAUGUGUGCAUCCCCGAUGCUGGAACUCUCGAAUCCGGGCGCCUCUGGCUCCAUAUUUUAUUUGACCGACGACGAUGAGUUCAUCAUCAAAACGCUGCAAAAGAAAGAGUGCGAGUUUCUGCAGAAGCUGCUGCCCGGCUACUAUAUGAAUCUCUCGCAGAAUCCGCGAACGUUGCUGCCCAAAUUCUUUGGUCUCUAUUGCUUCCACUUCAACUCGAAGAAUGUGCGGCUGGUGGCGAUGAAUAAUCUCCUGCCCUCCGACAUUAAGAUGCAUGCCAAAUACGAUCUGAAGGGGUCCACGUUUAGGCGCAAAGCAUCGAAGGCGGAACGCCAAAAGGCCAGUCCCACAUUCAAGGAUCUCGACUUUGCCGAGCACCAUCCGAAUGGCAUUUUUCUCGAGGCGGACACAUAUACGGCGCUGAUGAACACAAUCAAGCGCGAUUGCAUGGUGCUUGAGAGUUUCCAGAUCAUGGAUUACUCUCUGCUGGUUGGUAUACACAAUCUGGAUAUUGCGGCCAAGGAGAAGCGGGAGGAGCGUAUACGGAAUGCGCGUGCCAAACGGGAGCGCCGGGAGGGAGGUGCCCAUCAGCCAGCCGGGCCAGGUGGAGUUGCUCCGCUCGCGACGGAUGAUGAUGCACCCGAAUCGGAUCAGUUCAAUCAAUUGCAAUCGGUUGCCUCAUUUGCCUCGAUACCGGGCACCUCGGCGGCCGGAUUAAAUCGCACACGCAGCAUGAAUCGUCAGCGUCUCGUGGCUCAUUCCACGGCCAUGGAGUCGAUCACAGCGGAUUUGGAUGCCACGCUGGAGGAGGUAGGGGAUGAGCCGAUGGGCGGCAUACCCGCCCGCUCCGAGAACGAUGAACGGCUGAUGCUCUACAUUGGCAUCAUUGACAUUCUGCAGUCGUAUCGCCUGGAGAAGAAGCUGGAGCACACAUUCAAGAGUCUUCUGUACAAUGGGGACACGGUGUCCGUUUGCCGGCCAUCGUUCUAUGCGAAACGCUUCCAGGAUGCCAUGGGCAAGCAGGUGUUCAAGAAGACGCCCACAUUUCCGCUCAAACAUUCCCCCUCCAAGCGCAAGACGCCCUCCUCCGCCGGCAGCGGCGGUCGCAUCGUUCGUACCUCCAACAACACGGGAGUCGCUGCUGCUGUUGCUGUUGCUGCUGCUGCUGCAGCGGUCGUUGGCGAACCUGGCAGUGCACCGCGUGCACCCGAAACGCUUUCCAUACCGUCAACGCCGCCACCCGAAUAUUAUACGACAGCGGAUGCGUCGACAACAACGCUGCAGCAGGACACGAGCCCAACCACAACAAAAAUAUAUUCGGCUGUGCGCUUGAGCGGCGAUGACGACACACAUGCCAAGGCCAGUGCUGCCAUGGGAAAUGAGAAUGGAAAUGAAAAUGAAAAUGGCAUAAGUUCAGAAGAGCACACAAACAAUGAGUCGCCAGAGCAGCGGGAGCAGCAGCAGCAGCAGCAGCAGCAGCAUUGGAUCGAGCCCAGUGUGCAGGUGGUGCAGGUGACCAGUGCAAACCAUAUGGAUGAGAAGUCAACGCCACCAAGCACACCUCCUCCCACACCCACGACAACGCCCUCGCCCAUCCAGGUGGACGCGGCGGCCAACGGGAAGCCGACAUCAGGAGCGUUCAUCACCAAAACGGGCCACAUUCAGACGCCCAGUUUUACAACGACACUGGUGCUGCAAGCGGCGCCUGAGUAGCUGUAAACUAUAUAUAC